UACUAUUUUGGUAUUAUACAGCACCAUGUUUAAGGCUCAUGAGAGAGAGGCACUCAUAACAGCAAGUGCACCCAAAGCAGAUGUAAGCGCGUAAAGAGUUGAGCUCCAGCGAAACCAUAACAAACAUAAUAUUAAACAAUAGGAAGUGCAAUAAAAUGGCCUCAUUUUUCAACGUUGGAAGCCUCGGAAAUGUAUUUUCCACUCCCGUGGGACAGCGUAUAGAACAAGCAACCGAUGCGGGUCUGGCAUCCGAAAACUGGGCUGCCAAUAUGGAAAUCUGUGACAUGAUCAAUGAGUCCUCAGAUACGGCGCGCGAUGCUAUGAAGGCGAUACGCAAACGCCUGUCACAGAAUGCCGGAAAAAAUAACCAGGUUAUUAUGUAUACACUAACUGUGCUGGAGACGUGCGUCAAAAAUUGUGGCAAGGCAUUCCAUGUGCUAGUGGCCCAAAAGGACUUUAUACAGGAGCUGGUUAAGCUGAUUGGGCCAAAAAACGAUCCGCCAGCCAUUGUACAGGAGAAAGUGUUGAGUCUGAUACAAAUAUGGGCGGAUGCAUUUAAGAACCAACCCGAUUUGAAUGGAGUGACGCAAAUGUAUAUGGAGCUAAAGAAUAAGGGUAUAGAGUUUCCGCCCACAGACUUGGAUGCAAUGGCGCCCAUUUAUACGCCCCAGCGGAGCGUUCCUGAGAUGCCUGUCCAGCUGCACCAGCAAACAAUAUCCCCUCAACAUGCGGUCGCCAUGCCAGGAGUUGCGGCGCCAGUGGCCACUGGCCCUCUCACUCUCACGCCUGAGCAGACAGCAAAACUGCGCUCCGAGCUCGAGGUAGUUAACAACAAUAUGUCCAUACUGGGAGAGAUGCUAAGCGUGCUCAAGCCGGGCCAGGAAGAGCCGGACGACUAUGUACUGCUGAAUGAGCUGACUGCUACCUGCAAGGAAAUGCAGUCGCGCAUUGUUGAUUUGAUAGGACGCGUUCAGGAAGAUGAACUAACUGCCGAAUUCUUGCGCAUCAAUGAUGAGCUUAACAACUUAUUUUUGCGCCACCAGCGAUAUGAGAAGAACCGUUCUCACAAUAACAGUGCCGUUAGUUCGCCCUCUGCAGUUUUGGGUGCUGCGAUGGGAGUACCAGCGGCGGCAGCAUCAGCCACUUCAGGAGCAACAAACGCAGCUACGGCCACUAACACACCUAAAAGUGAUCAACUGCUGAUCGAUCUGAUCGAAAGCAGUGAGGAGAAAUUGCCGCAAAGCAUUGGCCAAUUGAAUUUGGGAGCUUCCGCCAGUGUAGGCGGUGCCGCCAGUGUCAGUAGAGAUGAGUUUGACAUGUUGGCGCAGUCACGCACCGAUGGCAAUCACAAAAGUGAUUUGUUGCGCGACAUUCCAUCAGUUGAUGCUGCGGCUGGCAGUGUGGCUGCUUCGGGGACAUCUCCUUACAAACAACGUGGAGCCGGCGAGCCGCCGGUGGUAAGUAAAUCGACGAAAGAGAAUGAAAUCGAUGAAAUGGAGGCGUGGUUGGGCAGCUCAAAAGACAUAGAUGGCAUUGAAGAGCUGACCAGCUCCGAGUUUGACAAAUUUCUCGAGGAGCGCGCAGCGGCUGCCGAAAAUCUUCCAACCAUCCAAGGAUCCAACAACGCCGCCACCAGCAAUCCCACCACUGCGGUAACCGGCGAAAGCUUAAGGAAGACGCCAAAGAAACCAGCUGCUGAUGAUGAUCUGCUUGCGCUUUGAGUGGCCAGAGCUGCGACUCUAAGGCUGAUUGUUUUGCUCUUUUUAAUGUUACACACCCUUUCGCAUACACAUAAUAUAUUAGCGUACAUACAUACAUAUAUAUAUACUAUAUACAUAUAUACUUAUGUACAAUUCAAAUGCUUUAAUUUUGAACCGAUGUUUUGUUAUUAAUUUGAGAAAUUCCAAAAAUCUGAAACUAACUUAUUCCAAAACGCGAUCUUAAAUUUUCUGUCUCUAAUUGUAAGUCAUACACGAUAAUGUAUUAUGUUUAACGUCGUAUUGUUGUUUAUUUAUACAUGGGAUACAUAUACAUACAUAAAUUAAAAACUAAUUUAUUACAAGAAGAAAAACAUAAAAAAUAUAUAUAUAUACAAGCA